CGUAAAAAAAAAAGUCCACUCUUCACAUCACUGGAGUUAUUUCUGUUGUGCAAUCAACACCGAGGUCUCCUGUUUGUGUCCGUCAGCACCCCCCGGUGACGUGUUUUGAACAAGAGUGAGAUGCUUCGUCUAUUAUCGGCUUUCAAGAGGGCUGAAACAACUUCAGGCAGAUGACUUAUUUUCCAUGUGACCUCCCAUGUUGCAUUUAAAAACAGAACAUCCAACCUACACUCCCAACACGCAGGUCACAGCUUAUUUUGUAUUUUUUUCGAAGGACUCCAGAGAAGACAAAUAUAAAGAAAGCGCACUUUGUGUUGCAUCACGUUAACACAAACAAAUGAGUGACCCAUUUACCUGUUCCAGUCCUUUUUGUCCCCAUUUCUCAGGUAGCCCGAAGGCACGAGGAGAAGGACGGCCAGUAAUGAAACACAGGUGGAGGACGACACAGCGUGCUCGGGAAAGUAGACACACGGAUAUUUAUGUGUGUAUUUGCACUGCUCUAUUUAACCUUCCAUAAAUCAAGCCGGCUGGCUGUCGAAAGGUCGCCAACUCAUCUCCAGUCCCCCAAAUCUGUCGGCACUAAUUGCACCGCGAAGCCGACACGCUGUGAAUGUGACACCUCGAAAAUCACGGUCUCGACUCACCUGGCAAUGCAUGGCUUCGGGACUACGAAGACGAAGAAAGAAGGAGCCAGAUCUGCUGCAGUUGCAAGGCUCCGUCGGUGCACUUCCACGUCAUUGAGACACUGAGCAGAGAGCGUGGAGGACUCCACGCGUGUAUUUCUACGUGGACUCCUGCGCACGUGCUCCUUUCCUUUUUUCUGUUUUUUUUUUUUUUUUUUUUAAGGGGGGCGCUGGCGGAUUUCCUCUUUGCCGCAUUCCUCCAUCCGUCCUCAAGAAAGACAGAGAGAGUGUUUUUUUUAUUUUUUAUUAUUUUUUUUAAUGAGUGCUGGGAAUGACCUGCUUUCCGUCUGCGUCGUUUCCAUGUCAGCAUGGGAACCGCCGCGUCCAAAAGGAGGAAUUUGAGAAACGACGCGAUAUCGUCCGUGGCGGCAAAAGUUAGAGCAGCACGAGCAUUUGGAGAGUACCUGUCCCACACACACCCUGAGAAUCGAAACGGAUCAGCUCAUCUCCUGUGUGAAACCUUGGUGGGCGCUGACCCAGAGUCGCCAACCGAGACCACCGGCCCCAACAACAAACACCUGAAUCGUCUGUGCUCCGACAACACCGAGGACACCAAAAAUAACUCGGAGGACAUAGUCGUGAAAACCUCUUUGGGCCUUCGCCGCCAACCUCCUCCUUCCAUUACCGUUUCCAAUAAGCCAGUGCGGUUAUCCCUCGAACGUAGCUUCUCAGUGGAGGAGGACAAGCAGAAGGGCGUGGAGUGCACGCUGCAGCCUGCUCGCGUCUACACCAUCACCACCCGCCACGGUAUGCUGAUGAGUGGCGGCCGGGGCAGCAAGGAGAGCCUCGAACUGGACGUCUUAAAGGAGAGGUCAGGGAGUGGAGGAGUGGGAGCCAAAGGUGGUCACACUACCUUGAUCCAGCCCUCCACUUCCCCUUCGUCCUCCUCGUCGUCUCCGACCCAACACUCCCAGACCGGGAGCAGCCGUCACCACGGAAUUCACCACCACCACACGGGACCUUCGACCAGCAGAGGAGCCUGCGGGCCGAGCGGAAGCAGCAACCAGCAAGCCAUGAGUGUCUCCGGUUCUCACUCCCACCAGGCGGCACACCACCAUAGCCACCACCACCAUCACCUGGCUCAGCCUCCUCUGCAAACCUCCGUCAGUGCCCACAACAUCCGCAGUUGGGGGGACGGCGGAAAAGCGGAGCCCGAAUGCAGCGGGCUGGCCUGCGAGUCCUGCAGUGCCGUCCCUUCUCGGAGCCAAGGAUCCCUGGACCUGGAAAGCGCAUCCCGAGAGCCAGGCAAGCAGCACCGACGCCUAGAGAGGAUGUGGAGUGUGGACCGGAUGACUGGGCUGGAGAGAGAUGACGCUAACUGGUUCCCCAAGGAAAACAUGUUCAGCUUUCAAACCGCCACAACCACUAUGCAGGCGAUAUCGGCUUUCCGGGGAUUUGGCCCGAGAAAAAGGCGAGAGAGGGAGCACGAUUCAGCAGAAGUCAACCAGAGGAACUUCCGGAAGCAUCUUCGUAUGGUGGGCAGCAGAAGGAUAAAAGCACAGACGUUCGCUGAGCGUAGAUCGAAGAGUUUCAGCCGUUCCUGGAGUGACCCCACCCCUGUCAAGACUGAUUCUCCUCAUGAACCCAGAGACAGCGGGGACCUGCAGACUUCCUGCGGCACCCUGGACGAAGGCGGCGUUGAUGAAGCCGCCGACUGGGAGGAAGAGAGAGAGAUAGAGAGGCUUGCCUGCGAGGGGGACGACUUUAUACCUCCCAAAAUCAUGUUGAUCUCCUCCAAGGUCCCCAAGGCGGAGUACGUACCCACCAUCAUCCGCAGGGAUGAUCCAUCCAUCAUCCCGAUCCUCUACGACCACGAACAUGCAACAUUUGAUGAUAUUUUGGAGGAAAUUGAGAAGAAGCUGACAGCGUACAGGAGGGGGAGCAAGUUCUGGAGGAUGCUCAUCUUUUGCCAGGGAGGCCCGGGUCACCUGUACCUCCUGAAGAAUAAAGUAGCAACAUUUGCUAAGGUGGAAAAAGAGGAGGACAUGAGCCAAUUCUGGAGACGACUCAGCAGAAUGAUGAGUAAAGUCAACCCAGAGCCCAACCUCAUCCAUAUCAUGGGUUGCUACGUCUUAGGAAACCCCAAUGGAGAGAAGCUGUUCCAGAAACUGAAGAAUCUGAUGAGGCCUUAUUCUGUGGAGUUUGAGUCGCCACUGGAGCUUUCUGCGCAGGGCAAAGAGAUGAUCGAGAUGUACUUUGACUUCCGCCUCUAUCGCCUGUGGAAGACGCGUCAGCACUCCAAACUGUUGGACUAUGAAGACCUUUUGUGACGCCCAAGAUGACUAAGAUGUUCUCUCGCCUGGCGUCAACUCCAUAUGAACAGCAUUAUUUUGUGGAAAAGGGAUAAGGACCCUGAAUGACUUGAAGAAAAAAAAAAAAAAAGACUUGCUCUUCAUUUGGAGUGUUUAAAAAGUCAUCUGUAAAGAGCCCAUUUGAGUCACUAUUUGGUUGCAAGGAUGUGUGAUCGUGUCUCCUACAUACAGUGGCUAUAAAAAGUCUACACACCAUGUUUAAAUGCCAGGUUUUUGUGAUAUAUAAAAAAAAAAAGAAAUGUGAGAAUCCUGGCAUAGCUUCAGUCAUAAAGAUAAUAAUCCACUUGAUCAGCUGAUCGGAUCAAUGACUUAUAGUUUAUUUUUGAUGUUGCAUUUCUGUGCUGUUUUCUUACAGACAUAUGUUGGAACAACUCAGGUUUUAGCCACUAAACAAUUGUGUAAGAUAUCCUAAUGUUUAUCGCCAUCUCGCUGGGAGUGAAUGUACUGUUAGUGCUAAGGAAAUGUACUGUACUUCUCAAAUUGUUUUGUUUUUUUCAGGGGGGGGUGAAUGUGGUCGCUUACCAUGACAAAAAAAAAAAAGGAGAGAAAAAUUCUUGUUUUCUCUUUGCGGCUGUGAAAGGUUAAAUGUGUUCACAUUCCUGCUGUGAUGUCAAGAGGGAUGUAGAAGCCAUCCAAAUGUUUGACCUAAGCAAGUACUGCAAAAUUUCACACACAAAAAUCCUCUAACAUCAUAACGAUGGGUAUUUGACUGUUUCUUGGAUUAAUUAAUUAAUACAUCUGUGAUUAUUGAUUUUUUAUUGAUUUUAUUGAUUGUUAGCAUUUUUGGGAUGGAAGCAUCUCUCUCGCCCUCUCAGCAUUGGUUUUCUUUAGAUGACAAAUUAUCGUAUUUGAGACUGAUAAUCAACAGACUUGUUAAUGAUUGAUCAUCAUGAUGUAACGUACAAAUUGUUGGAGACAAAAACAAAAGGGCUCGGAUGACACGUGGAGAUGGUAAAAAAUGGAAGGGCGUGGAGGUUAUAUAAACAUGGCUAUGAAUAUUUUCUCAGUGUGUCCUCAGUGGUGGAAUCUUACAUUAAAGAUGAUGUCAUUCUGUGA